AGCUCCGACUCCUCUUCUCUUUCUUCCAACCAACCUCAGGUUUUGAACCACAACCCCAAGAAACCCAACAAACCACGAUCACACAUUCACAGCAAUCCUGAAGGCCUUCCGUCUUACAGUACGACACCAACUGAUUCACCGUGCAACCGCAUCUCUGCGUGUGGCGGACCGAAUCUAGCCCUUUGCCUGCACGUCAUUGUGGUCACCCACAAAACUGCAGUCUUCCUGCCAAACUUUUCGCACGACCAGACUAUACUACGCUCACCAACCACACUCUCCCAUACUACAGCACACACAAAAUACCAAGAAGUCGUUCCGAUAGACUCCAGAUAACAGAAUAGAACAGACAGUUCUUCCUCACCGCCCGACCGACCACCCCCUCCCUACCACAUCGCCUCGGCGGCCUCAAUAUACAACAACCACCAAGUUGGCGGGACUCGUACAUCACCAGUUUUCCUUUAUCCGUCCGCUCCUCGGCCCAAAAAGCUGGGCGUACUGCGGAGGCGACAAGAAACCUCCAUAACUGGCCCUUAAGCGCUCAUAAUACCAUACCAUAAUAUCAAAGAAAAUCAGAAACACUUUUGCGCGAGGAGCUGGGCUGCGGUGGUUUUUACAGAACCAUAGGAAGCUGUGUACAGGUCGAAAACCUGUGCAAAGUCCACUAUCAAGUUGACGCCAACACGCGGUGGGCGCUCGGUGCGACCCUCCAUAUUGAUCUGAGGGCGCUCAAGACCUAAGAAGAAAAAGAUAAUGUGAGCUAUCAUGCCUGUUGCACUUGGAAAACGGAGGCUGACUUUUUUAAAGUAUAGACACCUUUUGAAUAAAUAGAGUAGCAGGCGCAAUGUCUGACCACGACGAUAUCCUCAACACUGGGUUCGAUACACCAGUUCCUGAAUUGGAUGAUCACCGACAUCAGUCCGCCUCGGUCCAAAGGGAACCACGCUCUCGAAGAGGUACUGCCGGAAGUAUGUUCGUUGGCUCUUCAGGAAACCCGGACUUGACCCUAGUUAAUAAUGCACUCUUGCAAACUGUCACGAGAGACUUUGAGCACGCAGUCAUUGACGAGGAGGGUACUGGAGGCUCCAUCUUGAACCGAAACGUUGGUAGUGAGAGAAGCCGUCGAGGAACGGUUGAAACUAUGGACCCUCGAUCCAUCUCACCACCCAGUUCUGUGAAGGCAUUCGCCGAAGCUAGACGCCGUGAGAGAAAGUAUUCGACAAUCGAUGUCGAUCCAAACGAAAAGAAACAACAUGAGGAUGGCAACCUUCGUCGGGAUAAUUCAUGUGCCAGUCAUCGAAGUCUUCGUAGCAGACGGGUCGCAAAUGACGAUGAUGCUAGAUCCUUAGCCGCAUCUGUCAAGUCAGAGGCAGAGGAGGAUGUGUGCUUUCCUUUACAGAAAAAUGGAAACAAAAGUACACUUCUCAUUGACUUUGAAGGCUUGGAGGACUUUAUUGCCGAAGAAGAGAACCGUGAAAAGACACCACCAAAAGGACAACCUCAAGCUCGAGUAUUUCAAGACCUCCGACCACAAAGGGCCGAUCAGAUUCCUAUAAUUGUAACCAAUGACGGCAAUUUUGUCGAGAUUCCAACAAAUGGUUCUUCUUCUUUGGACGAAAAGUUAGAUGCUGCAACCAUUAAAGAUUCUAUUUCGGAGCCCCCAGUAGGCAGAGAUGUCAAUCGAUUUGAGUUCUUUUCCUCAGAAGGCGAAGCAACUAUCCACUCUGCCGAUUUCGGAGGCCUUAUUAUGCCAGGCGAAGAUGUUCGGACUCUCUUCACAACACCAACAGCACCAGACGGACAGGAGGAAGAUGGCGUUUGGUGGCUUAACAUGAACAAUCCAACGGAAGAGGAGAUCCGGGCCAUCUGUAAGGCUUUUGGGGUCCAUCCACUGACUAUCGAGGAUAUUGGUACUCAGGAGGCCCGCGAAAAGAUUGAACUAUUCCCGUCGUACUACUUCGCAUGUUUCCGCUCUUUCCAUGUCGAAGAGAUUGAGGGUGGUCAAGAAUACGAACCCUUCAAUAUUUACGUGAUCGUCUUCCGUGAGGGGACGUUGAGCUUUAGCUUCUCGCCUAAUCCUCAUGCUUCUCAUGUCCGGAAGAGAAUCACCAUGUUGAAAGAUUACGUUUCCCUCAGCAGCGACUGGGUUUGCUACGCCUUAAUGUAAGUACUCUCCUUAUAUUUACUCUCUAUCAUGCUAAUAACUUACCAGCGAUGACAUUGUGGAUUGCUUUGCACCCAUCAUCACCAAAAUUGAGCACGAGACAGACUCCAUUGAAGACGAGGUCUUUGUCGCUCGUAACGAUGACAUGCACACCUUCUUGCGAAGAAUUGGCAUGGUCCGAAAAAAUGUCAUGGGGCUCAUGAAGCUUUUAGGCGGCAAAGCCGAUGUUCUACGAGGUUUCACAAAGCGGUGUAACCCCAACUACAAGGUUACACCUCACAUCGACAUCGGUUUGUAUCUUGGUGAUAUUCAGGAUCACGUUGUCACGAUGAUGACGAGUCUGGCGCACUUCGAAAAAAUGCUGUCAAGAGCGCAUAGCAAUUACCUGGCUCAACUCUCAAUUGACAAUAUUACUCAGGGAAACCAGGCCAACAAGGUUCUUAGCAAAAUCACUUUGUUGGCAUCAAUCCUGGUUCCUCUCAAUUUGGUGUGCGGUCUGUUUGGCAUGAACGUCGCUGUGCCCUGGAGAAAUUCCGAGAGCUUGGCUCCGUUCUUUGGCAUCUUUGGGUUUUUGGUGUUUUUCUCGCUCGUUAGUCUGGUCAUUGCGAGGAGACUGAGAUUCAUUUAAAAGCGGUGAGGAUGUAGUCUUUGAGGAUGGUAUACGUUAUGACUCAUGAGUUCGCGAUCUUUUUUUGUUGGCUUUCUGUAAUGAGAGGUGGUGGUGGUUUCUAUCAUUCCUCGGUGGUUUCUUUGCGUACCUUGAUGGGAGAAAGAGGAAUGUACCUAAUAGGUCCCAGAAUAAAGAGAGUAGAUAGAGGGUUAAAUAUAAAAAACUUGGUGUGAAC